AGUGUGACUAUGGAACCUCAACCUAGUUCCGACUUGGAUACUUAUGCUUCAAGAUAUUAUGGUCGUGGAAAGAUAUUGAGACUGCUACAUAUUGCCUCUCAUAGUGUGCAACUACGAAAGGAAGCCCUAUUGUUGGCAUUGGAUGAAACCAAAGCAGAAACAAGGGACGUACAGUUGUAUAAACGGUUAUUAGAAAAGUUGAAAGAAACAGGUCAAGUCAGCAUUCUUCAAGAUGAAUGGGAGACGACUGUGGUGAGAGAAGAUUCCAAAGAAGUGGAAAGAUUGGAAACCGAGUUACAGAGAUACAGACAUAAUAUGAUCAAGGAUAGCAUUCGAAUGGCAUAUGGAGACCUCGGAGACUUUCAAUAUUCUAAAGGUAACUUGGAAGAGGCAUUGCGCAACUACUUGAAGAUGAGAGACUAUUGUGUUAGCUCUCAACAAAUUACGGAUAUGUGUUUGAAGAUCAUCCAGUGUGCUAUCAUUUUAGGCAACUUUUCAUUGGUAGAAAGUUAUGUUCAAAAAGCAGAACAGACUCCAGAAAUAGCAAACGAUGAGAAAACACAAGCGAAAUUGCAGUGUGCUUUAGGUUUGGCUCUUUUAUCAAAGAGAAAGUUAAAAGCUGCGGCAGAACGGUUUUUACAAGUUUCUUUUGCGUUGCAAGAUAGUUUCAAUGAAAUGUUGGCUCCCGAAGAUGUGAGUACGUUGGGAGCUAUAUGUGCUUUGGCCACUUUUGAUAGGAAAGAGUUGAAACAUAAACUUUUGGAUAACAAAGCGUUUAAAGAAUUUCUAGAACUUACUCCCAAUGUUCGGGAGUUGAUCAAUGAUUUUUAUUUUUGUCGCUAUGGAAAAUUCUUUGAACGCUUACAACGAAUGGAACCUGAUUGGAGGUUGGAUUUGUAUUUUUAUUCUCUAGUUGAUACGGUGAUGGAGUUGAUUCGUGACAAAGCACUUGCUCAAUAUGUCAUGCCUUAUACUUGUGUAUAUUUGGAUGAAAUGGCAAAAGUUUUCUGUACUGACGUGUAUCAUCUACAAAAUGAACUUGCAAAGUUGAUAACGAGUCAUCAAAUAGAAGCAAGAAUUGAUUCGCAUAGGAAAAUUUUAUAUGCGAAAGAACUAGAUGUGAGAAAUACCAGUUUAUGGAAUACUGUUUCACAAGGUGCUCAGUUAAUUGACCAAGCAGAAUCGAUGCUAUUACAUAUUAAGAUGCUCAAACAUCGACUCUCUAUUCGAGCAUUGAGUGCAACAGAAGCAUCAUAUGAUCAUUCCAACUGUUCGACAAGUAGAAUGGAUUUGGGUUCUCUUCAUCAUGGUGAAUAGAGUGACCGUCAUUUUCAGUUCAGA